UCGUCAUGGCUACAGCCGAUGGUCCCUCCCCUGCUCACUGCUGCUAUUUAGGGCAGCUUCGGCAGCAAGGUUGCUCCUAGCCGCCCUGGAUCCCCCCGCCGCCGCGGCUGCCGGUGCCAUCCCCGUCACAGGGGCAUCUUGCAAGGCAGGUGAUCCAAAACCGGCUUCAGCGCUGGCGGCGGGGACAGUUAAAGAGGACAAAGUAAAGCAACCUCUGGGGGCCCUGCGAAGCCCCCCAGCUGGAUGUGGGGGGCUCAACCUGGGUCCCCGAAGUGAGAUUCCUGGCUGUGCUGACUGUGGCGCAGUCAUGGGGGGUGCUGGCCCCCACAUCCAUGACUGGAGAUCCGAACGGAUUGAACCCUGUGGCAUUAGCUGCAGCACGCGGCAGAGCCCCCAGGUGACUUGUGAAACACGCAUCCCUGCCACAGAGACAACUCCAGCUGCGGGAGUGAAUGUCGUAGUAGUAGUUGACGGGAACUGUAUCCUCCAAUAUACCCAUCGUCAGUCACCUUGUUCCUGCCUUUCUGAUGGGCAGCCUCUCUUGCCCCGACGCCCUCCACCAACUUACGGUGCUGUACCCCCCAGCCCCAUUAUCCCCAGAGGCCCAGCUUGUGGCCAAGAAGCUGGACCGGCCCCAUCACGCAGGACCCGUGGACUCAGCGUCCGCUGUUGCACCAAAGCCUGUCUGGGCGAUGAAGAGGAACAUGCCGAGCGGCACCUCCAUCGGGGGCCACCCUGCAGCCGCCUUACCCCUGUGCCCUUGCCCUGCAGCCCUUCUGGGCCCUGGUUUGGAGUAGGAUCCCUCAGUGGAGGCAGGCAAGGGGCUCGGGUUGUGAAGAUCUGGGACCGGCAGCGAUGCCCUUUGCUGGAAGAAGGAGAUGUCAUCGCCAAGGUGAAUGGGGCUGACGUCCGAGAUCUGAGCCCUGGAGAAGUGGAGAGUGUGUUGCAGGAGCAUAUGCGAACAGGAGAUGUGAUCCUUCUGGUGGAAAGGAAAGGUCAUCACUCCCAUAGGCAUCCUCAGGAAAACUGCUCUGUUAGACAAGAACAUUUCUUGCCCAACUCCACUCAUAAGAAAAGUGGUCCUCAGGAUCUUUCUAACCCUUGGGGAGGUCCCCCAGGUGACACUUUGACUGUGACCAGUUUCGUGGGUCCUGAACCUCGAAAUGUACUUGUGUGUCCUGCUCGUUGUUCCCAGAGGCUGAGGAGGCCUCGCCCGGCAGGAGGGGCUGGAGAACCCAUAAAUGUAGAUGGUCCGAAAGAACAACAUGGAUGUAGCAUUGCACUAUCAAACGAUGGAGUUGCAGCUGGAAGAGCUGCCACUUCCCUGGGGCCCCAUCACAAAGAGAGCCCCUCUCAUCAGGAAGACACGGGUCUCUUAGCUCGGCUGACCCAUAGUGAGGUUGGGAGUGUCUUCCGGCAGGCGGGGAACCGGGUACGCAUGAAAAUCCGGAAUCGCAAGGAAGCAGGAGUUUCCAGUGAUUUAAACUCUGCUGAUAUCGAAGUGGGGGAAUGUCCAUGGAGUCCCAGCUCUCACCUCACUCAUCCUCAGGAGUCUGGCCAGUAUUCAGUGGAUCUGUUGCGAGGGCCCAGCGGCUUCGGAUUCAGCCUAAGGGGCGGAAGUGAAUAUAAUAUGGACAUCUAUGUCUUAGCUCUUAUGGAAGGUGGGCCAGCCCAGCAAUGUGGAAAGAUUCAGGUGAGCGACCAGCUGGUGGAAAUCAACGGGGAGCCCACAGCAGGAAUGACGCAUGCACAGGCAGUGGAACACAUCCGCAGCGGUGGGAGCCGAAUACGACUGGUGCUGAAGAGGGGCAAUGGAUUCAUUCCUGACUAUGAUCGUGUGUUCAGCCAGAGCUCCACCAAGACACAGCAGGUGCUAGAGGCUGAGGACAAAGCCAGGCACCGGCACAGGAAACCAAACCGGUCCAUGGUCUCCCAGAAUGUGGGACAGAACCUCGGCGAUGGGGAUGACAGAGAAGCAGCACUUUGCAACGUCAGGCAGCAGCUCCCUAAAGCCCACCAGUCUGGCCAGUUGCACCAGACCUCCGGCAAGGCUCAGGGCGAGGAAGAAGAGGACAGAGAACAGGGUUGGAGGCCUCAUAAGCAGGGAACGAAUGGGGAGAGUGAGAGUGACAGCCACAAGCUACUUUCUCCCCGGCCUAGCAGGAAAUUGCGGUCAGACUUGGUCCCUGGGCCUUGGCUAGUACCCAGUAAGGAACGACUGUCCCGGGCCCUCUGGGGGGUCUGUAUGGGCCAAGGAGAGGAAGAAGUACAAAAGGGCAACCCAGGGAGAGGAAAGGGCAUGGAGGUAAAGAGACGGAGUUAAGCCAAGCAACAUUGGGCUCAGUACAAUCAUGUUAAGAACGACACAGUGCCUGGCAGUGGUUAGUGGCACUGGCCAUCUCCAUCUGGAUUAGGCCAUAUUCUCCUUUCCAGUGUUUGUUUUUGUUCAGGGUCUUCUCCACUCACACUAUGCAAAGGCAUUUUUUUCAUUUUGCUCUCCCCAUCCCAUUUCCUCACAGCCACACUAUGCAAUGAGAGCUUUUAGAAGUCACUUUGUGCGGUUCUCCUGGAAUUGGGCAGCAGAAUUUUCAAUUCUCUGGCCGCCAUUCCCUUUUCCCAAGAACUGUGAUGGUGUUUCCAUUGCUACAAUUUCCAACCCUUUGUGGUCUGCAGCUUUCUGAAGCCAGUGCUUUUGAAAUGACAUUUGUAGAAACCCUGAGCUCCUGAGGUUUAUCAGGCGUUUUUCCAAUGAGAAAGAAGACCACUAUUGGCAGGUGAGUUACCUGUGGAGCAGUUUAUUGCUCGUUUUGUUCUGCCCAAGGUGGAUUUUGGAACAUCUGCAGAAUAUUCUGCAGCCUACAGGGAUUCUAGUGUCCAUUUCAGUGAAUUUACAUGGAGCUAGGCUUAAGAGUUACUCUACCGUACAAACAGGCCCUAGUUUCGCCUGUAACAGCCUUCUGGAGGGAAGCUGAGUCGGUGGGUGUUUUGUACGAAUUUUGCUGCUGUUUAUUCAUUUUCACUGAUUAAUCAUUUUCUGAUUUCUCAGGAAGACUGUGGAGCAGCCUUACCUAACCUGGUAUUUUCCAAAUGUGUCAGAACAUGAGAAUUCCUAAUAGUGAGGGAUUCUUGAAGUAGGAACUUUUAACCAUCUAGCAGGCACCAGUAAAGGAAGGCUUCUCUGGAGCAUUAAAGAUCACUGUCCAGAUGUCUUUCCUUCCCUCUCUUAUCUUUCAUGACCAUGCAGUAGAGGGGCUGCUACUGCUGCCACCACCACCAUCCACCCACCCUCUCUCCAUCCAGUAUAGCACAAUCACUCUUUGCUGCGGUGGCCUACAAUCCUCUUUGUCCAUUCUGCUCCACUGAUCACUCAAGCUGAGAACUACAAAGGCCGGGAUGGGGUACCUUUUUCUCCUCAGCCACCCAGAAGGCAGUUACGUUCUCUACUCGGCUAGAGGCAGCCAUAGCCAAAUGAAUGAGCAUGAAACCUCCUGUGUGCAUAAAGCAAACUUUGUGUGCUGGAGGGGAUUCAUAUCAGCCUGUGCCCCUCUGGUCCAAUUGCCGGCCAGCAGGCAGUUUCAGCAUGCCUCAGCCAGUCAGAGGUGCACCACGGUUCUCUUAGUCAGCAUGGUUUGUUUGGCUUCUGUCUGUUGUGGGUUCCCGUGCUGAAAAAGCAUAGCAGGUGUGGAGUUUCUCUUGGCAAAGGAUUGUGGCAAGAGGAAGUUAGACAAAGCAUCUCUAACAUUUCCUGAGCAGGAAGUGCACUGUCAGUAAAAGCAAGGGGAAAAAAAACUUUGAUCUAAAUUACUUGAUUGACAGUCCUUUGCUUCUCAUUAGAUCUAUUGUUCACCACUCAGUUCUUUCCCUUGACGUAGAAGACUCAUCACAGCGUACUGGGGAGGUCGGAUGUUGGCCCAAGCUUUAGACAUGCAGGCAUUCAAUUCUGCCUUGUGCUCUUUCUCUCUCUUGGGAUGUGGGAGAUAUCAUGUGCAUUGCAUGUAGCGUGCAAACAUGAUCCAAUGUGAAAUGUGCAUGUGUCUGCAAGAUGCAUAUAGAUGAACAUUUGGCUGGGCUUGUGCUUCACAAAGUUCAGGAAUCACUCAUGGGUACAUGCAGAUCCAUGUUGCUUUGCAUGCCAAAGCCACGAGGCAUCUAAGAACUCAAUCAAAUUGCAUUCAGAAGGCACACCAUGCAAGGUUUCAGAAGCUAGCUAGCGUGCAAUACUGCCACCCACAUUUCCUGUGCAAAGAAAUGCUAGUUUACCAAUCUGAAGGGAAACCACAUCCCUCAACCCCAAUAGGGUCUGAUUCUGUGGUGCAUUUACAGAAGUCGGUUGUUUUGAUGAAGGACGAGUCUGAAAUUCACCCACAGAGUCAAGUAAUAAACAACACGGGCUUGGUUGCCCAUCCUUAGAAGUUCUUCUGGAAUGAAACAUUGAAGCUGGUUCUUCUGCUGGUUGUAGACACACAAGUGACUUGACAGGGUCAAACAGGGUCUGGGUUUCUAAGUAACUCUGCAGGUGCCUUUUUUGGCUUUUUAACUGGAGACGAAAAGACAGUGAGGAAGCAGCUUUAGUGCAGUGCAGAUAUGGAAAGCAAAUUAUUUUUUAAAGUAAAUCUUAUAAUAAUUAUUAUACAUUAAAAUAUUCUGAUUUUUAAAAGUGCUUU